AUGACGACUGAGUCUAUGACUACUGACCCAAGUGCGACUGAGUCAACUGCAGGUGGUGCAGCAGCUGGAACAACAUCAAGCUCGACUGCUGGCGCUGCUUACAUGACUCAAGCUCCGAUUCUGGCGAUGGGAGCUGCUGCAUUUGCAUAUGCUGCCAUGUAA